AUGUGCCAUGUCAAGGAAGCGAUUCGAAUCAUUCUGCAUUGCCUGGUCGUUUGCCGUACUAUUGGAGGUGCUGAUUCCAUCGACCCCAAAGCAGUUGUCUCGGAGCUCUUCGACGUCGAGUACGUACGGAUCAACGAAUCUCAACAUGUGCAGGAGCUUGAACGCACUGUAGAGAAGUUCUCUGAAAUUCUGGAGAACAAUCUUGACAGAUCAGGCAAAGCACAGCUCGUUUUCAAUUUGUACACAGUCAAGACUCGAAAGCAGAGCCUAUGGAACCGCAUUGUGGGGAGCGAUGAGAAAACCGUCUUUGAACAGUGGAGAAUUCCAGUGGCGGUGCAACCGUUGAACAGGUAUUUGAAUCCUGCAGACAACCUGAGAGAGGAGGCGAACUUACAGGCCUCUGCUUCUCAGCAAGUUCAGCAAGUCCUUCAUUACAUCAUCGCGAGAGCGAACACCAAGGUGGACCAUCUUCCAUCUCCGGAGAAAGACACGGUCUCCUACAAGUUUGAGGUGGCCUUCUUGUCUGGUGAUGGAAAGGAGAUAGGCACAGGAUCGUUACUUCCUCAAGGCUUGGGAUCCUCUAUCAGCCAGACGAUUCGUCACCUACCGAAGUGGCCUUAG